AUGCGUCCAGAAGUAUUUCUUGAUCUAUGCGAAACCUUGGAAAAGAAGUACAAGAUGAGACCAUCUCGAAACAUGACUGUGAAAGAAAGUGUGGCGAUAUUUCUAUAUAUUUGUGGUCACAAUGUCACUCAACGAAGCAACAUGAGAAUGCAAGCUACAGAUGAGCAACCUACGUUGGAUGAUGAAGCUGAACCACUGGACGAAGAACUGAUUGGUUCGAGGCAAUAUAUGGAGGGAUUUCGAGAUGAGAUUGUAAUGGAUUUAUGGGUGCACCGUAGGUAA